CGCGGCUCAGCCAACCCGUGGGCGCUGCGUACUCUGUCCCCGCCCCUGACCUUCCCGCCGGGGGCCCUGGGUGAUGGACGCCGACGCCGUGGCGUCAGCUGGCUGAACCCGAGGCUGAUUCGCGGAGCAUGUCGUCGGCCGGGUUCCCGAGGUCCGCAGCCCCGGAGCCACCGGGGGCCGCGCGUCCGUGGCUGUCCCCAGGGAGCGGCGCGCUGGUGCUGUGCGUCUUGGCGGCGCUGCUGGGCUGGCGCUGGCUGCGGCGCGCACACGGCAUCCCCAUCCCCCCGGGGCCCACGCCCUGGCCGCUGCUGGGCAACCUGGGCCACGUGCUGGUGCCCCGCUUCUUGCGGCCGCAGUACUGGCUGGAGCUGGGGUCCCAGUCGGGUGGGCCUGGCCCGCACGUGCUCCUGUCCCGGCUGGCUCGCGUCUACGGCAGUGUCUUCAGCCUCUUCCUGGGCCAUCACCUAGUGGUGGUCUUAAGCGACUUCGACAGCGUGCGCGAGGCGCUGGUGCAGCAGGCCGAGGUGUUCAGUGACCGCCCACGGGUGCCGCUCAUCUCCAUCGUGACCAAGGAGAAGGGAGUUGUGUUUGCGCACUAUGGUCCAGUCUGGAAGCAGCAGAGGAAAUUCUCUCACUCAACCCUUCGUCACUUUGGUUUGGGAAAGCUUAGCCUGGAGCCCAAGAUUAUUGCGGAGUUCCAGUAUGUGAAGGAGGAAAUGCAGAAGCAUGGGGAAGCCCCCUUCAGCCCUUUCCCCAUCAUCAGCAAUGCCGUCUCAAACAUCAUCUGCUCUUUGUGCUUUGGCCACCGCUUUGAUUACACCAACAGGGAGUUCAAGAAGAUGCUCGACUUUAUGUCUCGAGGGUUAGAAAUCUGUUUGAACAGCCAGCUCCUCCUGGUCAAUGUAUGCUCCUGGCUUUACUACCUCCCCUUUGGGCCAUUUAAGGAGCUAAGACAAAUUGAAAAGGACAUAACCUGUUUCCUUAAAAACAUCAUCAAAGAUCACCAGGAGUCUCUGGACGCCAGCAACCCCCAGGACUUCAUAGACAUGUACCUUCUGCACAUGGCGGAGGAGAGGAAAAACAGCAGCAACAGCAGCUUCAAUGAGGAUUACUUGUUUUAUAUCAUUGGGGAUCUUUUCAUUGCUGGAACAGAUACCACAACCAACUCUCUGCUUUGGUGCCUGUUGUACAUGGCACUGAACCCUGAUGUGCAAAAAAAGGUUCAUGAAGAAAUUGAAAGUGUCAUUGGUUGUGACCGUGCACCUUCCCUCAUGGACAAGGCCCGGAUGCCAUACACGGAGGCCACCAUCAUGGAGGUGCAGAGGCUAACCAUGGUGGUACCACUAGCCAUUCCUCAUAUGACCUCGGAACAAACAGUUCUCCGAGGGUUCACCAUUCCUAAAGGCACAAUGAUCUUGCCCAACUUGUGGUUGAUACACAGAGACCCAGCCAUUUGGGAGAAACCAGAUGAUUUCUGUCCAAAUCGAUUUCUGGAUGACCAAGGACAACUUCUGAAAAAAGAAACCUUUAUUCCUUUUGGGAUAGGGAAGCGGGUGUGUAUGGGAGAACAGCUGGCCAAGAUGGAAUUGUUCCUGAUGUUUGUAAGCCUGAUGCAGAGUUUCAUGUUUGCUCUACCUGAGGAUUCUCCGAAGCCUAUCCUGACUGGGAGAUUUGGUCUGACAUUAGCCCCACAUCCAUUUAAUAUAACCAUUUCAAAGAGAUAAAGAUACCCCAAGAGGAGAGGGCAAGCCCGCCAAAUGUCUCCUGAAGUCUACUUGCUGUGAUUGACUGGGCCAGCAACAGCAGAGCCAGGAUAGGCUGAGACUAGAGAGCUGAUGGGAAAGGGUACAGCACACACAGGAGGCCUCUUCAGCUAGACUCCGGCUCUUCUGGUCUGUAAUACCCCCCCCACCCCGUGCCAAGCAGGAGUGCUGGCUGUAGUUGGGCAGCUUUCACCAGCGGGCAGACCUCAUCUCUCAGCCUUGUCAUCCAUGGUGGAAUGGGGUGAUGAAAUUUCCGUCCACUUCUCAGUUCUCAGAGGUUUGAAGGCCUCAUCAGUUCUCUGACCUCACUAAAUGCUAAAGCUUUGGGGAGGAAAAUCAGAUCUGCCUUCAGAUCAUUUAAGACCCCUGACAACAUGGAAGUAGUGUUCAGCCACAAACACUGUGGGAAGGGAAUGCAGGCUUAGCUUAUACUGAGGUAGAACCUUCUUUUAGCAUAGACUCUAUGAGCUUCUUUGAGCUCUUAUUGGUAUCUUUUUGUGUAGGGCUGGAGUUUUACUUUCUGUAGACUGGGGAUGAACUGAAACCUUGCUCAGUAUGCUGAGGAAAAAGAAAACAUCUUCUAUGAGA